CAGGAGCAGAGAGCAGCCAUUGCUGUGUCUGGCAGCAGAGGUGUGAAGAAGACAUCUAGUGAGCGUGAGACACCCAGCAGCCAUGCGCAUGUGUCAGGAGGACUGAGCAGGUCCCAGAGCCCCAUCACGGUGCCUCCACCUCACUCACUGAUACAUGAGAGACACAGUGACCAGAAGAUCCAGAAACUCACCAACAAGAUCAUUCCACUGCUGACUAGAGAGGAGGAGGAGUAUAUAGAGGAACACAGGGGUCUGUACAAGGACGUGAUGAUGGAGAAUCACCGGCCCCUCACAUCACUGGAUGGGCCCAGUAACAGAGAUACCCCAGAGAGAUGUCCCCGUCCUCUGUAUUCCCAGGACUGUACAGAGGAGAAUCACAGGAUCCCACAGGAGGAUCAGGUAGAACGUCUGUCUGAUAUUAAAACAGAAAAUAUAAAGGGAGAGGAAGAGACGUAUGUGACUGAUAUAAAGGCAGAAGAUACAGAGGGAGAAGAAGAGACGUAUGUGACUGAUAUAAAGGCAGAAGAUAUAGAGGGAGAAGAAGAGAUGUAUGUGACUGAUAUAAAGGCAGAAGAUAUAGAGAGAGAAGAAGAGACGUAUGUGACUGAUAUAAAGGCAGAAGAUAUAGAGGGAGAAGAAGAGACGUAUGUGACUGAUAUAAAGGCAGAAGAUAUAGAGGGAGAAGAAGAGACGUAUGUGACUAAUAUAAAGGCAGAAGAUAUAGAGGGAGAAGAAGAGACGUAUGUGAGGGGUGAUCAGCAGUGUGAGGAGGAGAUCCCUACAGAUAUCAGCACAGAUGGACACACAAGCAGGAAUAUCUCAGAAGGACAUCUAAUGUUAUCCCCGGAUUGUGACAUAAAAGAAAAUGACAGUAGACAAGAAUCUCCAGGAGAUAACCCCAUUACCCCAAUUAUACAUCCAGGUCUAUCAGCUGAUCCCUCUGAUCCUGGGAAAUGUUCUUCUGAUCACUCUGAUAUUGGUGUAUCUGGUACAGUUCUGACAGUAGAUAUAGAGUUUCCCUGUUCUAUAGGUGCCAGAUGUUUUACACAGAACACAAAGCAUAUUUACCCACAGACAGGUAAGGCAAGUGAGAGGCCAUUUCUAUGUUCUGAGUGUGGGAAAUGUUUUGUAUACAAAUCAGAUCUUGUUGCACAUCAGAGAAGUCACACAGGUGAGAAGCCAUUUCCAUGUUCUGAGUGUGGGAAGUGUUUUGCACACAAAUCAGAUCUUAUUAAACAUCAGAGAUAUCACACAGGUGAAAAGCCAUUUCCAUGUUCUGAGUGUGGGAAAUGUUUUGCACACAAAUCAGAUCUUGUUAUACAUCAGCGAAGUCACACAGGUGAGGAGCCAUUUCCAUGUUCUGAGUGUGGGAAAUGUUUUGCACGCAAAUCAGAUCUUGUUAUACAUCAGCGAAGUCACACAGGUGAGAAGCCAUUUUCAUGUUCUGAGUGUGGGAAAUGUUUUGCACACAAAUCACAUCUUGUUAGACAUAACAGAAGUCACACAGGUGAGAAGCCAUUUUCUUGCUCUGAGUGUGGGAAAUGUUUUAUCCAGAAAUCACAUCUUGUUAUACAUCAAAGAAGUCACACAGGUGAGAAUCCAUUUCCAUGUUCUGAGUGUGGGAAAUGUUUUGCACAGAAAUCAGAUCUUAUUAAACAUAAGAGACGUCACACAGGUGAGAAGCCAUUUUCUUGCUAUGAGUGUGGGAAAUGUUUUACCUGGAAAUCACAACUUGUUACACAUCAGCAAAGUCACAGGUGAGAAACCAUUUCCAUGUUCUGAUUGUGGGAAAUGUUUUGCACACAAAUCAGAUCUUAUUAAGCAUGAGAGAAGUCACACAGGUGAGAGGCCAUUUUCUUGCUCAGAGUGUGGGAAAUGUUUUACAUGGAAAUUAGAUCUUGUUAUACAGUUGUGCUCAUAAGUUUACAUACCCUAGCAGAAUUUGUGAUUUUCUGGCCAUUUGUCAGCGAAUAUGAAUAGCUCACAAACUUUUCUUUCACUCAUGUGGUUGGGUAAAGCCAUUUAUUGUCAAACAACUGUGUUUACGCUUUUUAAAUCAUAAUGACAACAGAAACUACCCAAAUGACCCCGAUCAAAAGUUUAUCUACAUCUCUGACUUUAUCUCCCUUUACACUUCCACCCGUCCUCUUCGUUCUUCUAAUGCACGCCAACUCUCCUGCCUACGGAUUACUUCCUCCCACUCCUACCUCCAAGAUUUUUCACGUGCUGCACCAUUUCUCUGGGAUUCCCUACCUCUCCCCCUCACACUCUCCACCUCUCUACAAAACUUUAAACAGGCUCUCAAGAUCCACUUCACCAAACCCAGCCAAAUCUCAUCCUCACCCUAUGUUUCACGCUCUCUAUGUACCCCAUCUGUGUCACCCCUGUCUGUCUACCCCUCCCCUUUAGAAUGUAAGCUCGAAUGUAAGCUCUCACGAGCAGGGCCCUCUUCCCUCAUGUGCUUAUUCUUUCUUUAAGAAUCUUCAACUGCAUCAAAUCCAGUAGUCUGCUGAUGUAACUAUGUUUAUUUACCCUGUAUUUGUCCUAUACUGUCAUCAACUGUAAAUUGCUGUUUACCUGUUUGAUUAUUUGUUUAUGUACUCUGUAAUUAGGUGCUGUGGAACCCUUGUGGCGCCAUAUAAAUAAAGGAUAAUAAUAAUAAUAAUAAUAA